AUGUUCUGGUCCUGCCUGUACCCGAUCGCCCUCUUGGGCCUGCUGACUACCUCGACUAGCGCCAAACCCGUUCCUCCACCCCCCUCUCACAUCAACAUUCUUCAAGUCGACUCGGCACUGCACUCUCUCUUCUCCUACUACAACACCACCGAUGGCCGCUUCGACACUUCGGCCUCGUGGUGGCUCACCGGAAAUGCAUUGACUGGUGUGAUUGAGUACACGGCCAAGACGGGCAACCCUCGGUACAUGCCCCAAAUCCUCAAGACGAUCGAGCAGCAAAAGAAGCCUCUCCCAUGGUGGCCCUCCGGCGGGGGGAUCUUCCGUGCCGACUCGACCGACGACACGGGCUGGUACGCGCUCGCCAUGCUUCGCAUGUUCGACAUCACCCGCGACACCAAGUACCUCCAAUACGCCGUGUUGGAUGCCGAGUAUCUCCAGAGUUUCGGAAGCGACAAGUGCGGAGGUGGCAUCAUCUGGGACAUCCCUUCUCGCACCUACAAGAAUGCCAUCAGCAACGAGCUCUACCUCUCGCUCUCCGCUGGUCUAGCCAAUCGAUUGGAGGACAAGAAACAGGCUCAAAAAUGGUUGGAUGUCGCCACGAAGCAGUACAGCUGGUUCGUCAAGAGCGGCAUGAUCAACUCUCAGAACCUGAUCAACGACGGACUCACCGAUGGUUGCGUCAACAACGCCGGUGACGAAUGGUCCUACAACCAAGGAGUGAUUCUCGGAGGUCUGACGGAGUUGUACAAGGCGGACAAAGGCAAGAAGGAGUACCUCGACCUGGCGCAGAAGAUCGCCGAUGCUGUGAUCGCAAGCAGCUCGUUCAACAGCGCUUCGGGUGUGUUGGUUGACAAGUGCGAGGCACCCGGCACGUGCAAUACGGACGAGGAUGCUUUCAAGGGCAUCUUUGUGCGAAACUUGGCCAAGUUGGAUCAGGUGGUGCCCGGUGGUAAGUAUGCGAGGUACAUUCAGAAGCAGGCGCUGGCUGCGUAUGGCAGUGCAAGGAAUGGUACGGACUUCUACGGUGUGCAGUGGACCGGUCCUGUGGGACAGGCGAAUGUGGGCACGCAAGGAUCGGCUGUGAGUCUGCUCGUGGCUGCUCUGUAG